AUGGGGGAGAGCGUCUUUGAAUUUAAGGUGAUGGAGCCGGAGCAGCGGAAGGGCGCCGGUGCUCUGGACUUCGCCUACUGGACCUACCGCGUUCGCGCCUCCACGACCCUCUCAACGUACGCGCAGAAGGAGCUGGAGGUGGUGCGGCGCUACAGUGACUUUGAGUGGUUUCGCGCCCAGCUGUGCGAGGCGUACCCGUACUGCAUUGUGCCGCCCAUUCCCGAGAAGGACGUGCAGGGGACACUCGACAAACUUGUGGGGUCCGACUCGCAGAGCGCUAACCGGUUAAGGGAAUACCGACAGCGCGCCCUGAGGAAAUUUCUCGUGCGGCUUGGCGCCCACCCACGGCUGCACAACUCGCCCCUGCUGAAGGACUUUUUGGAGAUGAACGAAGAGGAGUGGGGGCGAAAAAUGAAGGCAAGUGGGAAGAACUCCGACGGCUUCUUCUCCACGGCGCUUGGCGAGGGCGUCAACCACGCCCUCACAAGGCAGUGGAACGCCGGUGCUGCGGCGGCGGAAUCCGGGGCCGGUUACGCGCGUAUGCUGGCGGACCCCAACACAAAUCCACAGGUCUGGGAAGAGACAAGUCUGUACAUCCAUCACCUGGAGGACAGCAUAAAAUUGCUGCGGGAGCGGCUGCAAAUACUUGUGGAUCGCCGCCGCAAGACCGGCAAUGCCCUGCAUGAGUUUGGUGUGGCCUUUGAGAAAGUUGGCGAGAUCGAGCGAGGCAUUGAAUCCACCCCACUGAGUACUGCCCUUAUUGCUGCGGGGCAGCACAGCGAACAACUCUUCUCGAUCUAUAGCGAUCAUGCCAAUGAGGAGAUGAAGCAGGUGGUUGAGACGCUAAACUACUACCAAGGUAUGUGCGCUGCGGUGCGUGAGACACUCAAGAGGGUGCAGAGCAGGGCACGUCAUGUGGAGUCGCUCCGGCACCACGCAACUGAGGUUGUCGGUCAAAAGGACCGAGCCGUAGAGAAGGGGGGACAGGCUGAGCGGGUGGCAAAGCUGGAAAAUGAGCUGGUCGAGUUGGAAGAGCGCUGGGGUGCGGCAAAGCGGGCACUGGGGGCAGGCGAAUCCAUCUUCAAAGACGAACUUCGCCGCUUCCACCAGGAGAAGCAGUAUGAUAUGAAGGCUAUUUUAAAGAAUUUUGCAGAGUUACAGCUAAAGUACUCUGCACGCAUGAAAGAGACGUGGGAAAGCUUGCGCCCCACAGUGGACGCAGUUCAGUUUGAGGCUGACGGAGGCAGUCAAGGGAAUGCCUUACGGUGA